CUCCCGGGUUCCAGGUGGAUGCUCAACCCCUGGACUUUUUUUGACUUCAAGUGUUCGGUGUGAUUUUUUUCAGCCAAAAUUCAAGGUAUGAAGAAUGCUGUUCCCAAGAAUGACAAGAAGAGGAGGAAGCAGCUGACUGAAGAUGUUUCUAAGUUGGAAGCAGAGAUGGAGCAGAGACACCGAGAGGAGCUGCAGCAACUGAAGCUGACGUCCAAGGAGAGCCAGAGAGAUUUUGAUGCUGUUAACAUUUCAAACUUGGUUCUUGAGAAUCAGCCGCCUCGGAUAUCAAGAGCACAAAAGAGACGGGACAAAAAAGCUGCCUUGGAAAAGGAGCAGAAAGAAAGGAUAGCUGAGGCUGAAAUCGAGAACUUAUAUGGAGCUAGACAUGUAGAAAGUGAAAAACUUGCUCAAAUACUGGCUGCCAGACAGUUGGAAAUUAAACAGAUCCCGUCUGAUGGCCACUGUAUGUACAGAGCCAUCGAAGACCAGCUGAAGGAGCAGGACUGCCCUCUGACGGUCGCUGCCCUGAGAAGUCAGACUGCCACCUACAUGCAAAGCCACAUGGAGGACUUCCUGCCGUUUCUAACAAACCCUAAUACAGGGGACAUGUAUACUCCAGAAGAGUUUGGAAAGUACUGUGAUGAUAUUAUAAACACAGCUGCUUGGGGAGGUCAGCUUGAGCUGAGAGCUCUGUCUCAUAUUUUACAAACACCAAUAGAGGUAAUACAGGCAGACUCUCCUCCUGUUGUAGUGGGUGAGGAAUACCCCAAAAAACCAUUAAUACUCGUGUAUAUGAGACAUGCGUAUGGCUUAGGAGAACAUUACAAUUCUGUUGCAGGCUUGGUGAACAGAGCUACUGAAAACUGCGGCUAGUUUAAAAAAAGUGUCGAACUAUUAUGUUUUAUUAGUACUGUGUGCCGAUAUGAGUAUUUAUACCAAGUGCUGGAUUGUUCUGAACGUCACUGAAAAACACAACUACUUUAAAUCAUUUUUACAGCAAGCUGCUAACAGGUUUUUUAAAAAAAACAUCAGAGAUAAACUUUAACCCAGUGUCCCCUGAGUGGUAUUUUAAAAACACUUGUAAGUCCACUGUGGAAAACAUCAUUCACAGACCAAGAUGCAACCCUAUUUGCCUAUAUUUUUAUUAAUAUAGGAUCCUGAACAUUCUGUUGAAAUAAAUCUUAAUGUUUUACUGAAAGCUUUCAGUAACCAUUUUAAUG